AUGGCCUCAUCAGGCCGAAACACGCGUGCGUCGACUCGCAAUGACGGGCGAUUUUCUCUCCAAAUGCGAAGUAGACGCUCAAACGAAAAGGCAAUCAUCGAUAAUCCUCUAGCCCAUCUGACGGAUGAAGAAUUGCAACGCGACGUCCGAUCUUUCGUAGAGAACCACAUACCGUCUAUCGCAUACGAGGAUCUUAUACGUGCUGCUCGAGUUGCCAAGGAUGUCCGUUUAUAUGAUGAAGUUGCUAGGAAAGAGGGAUAUCACGACGAGUCAGACCUUUUAGUGCAACUCACAGAAGAGGAGAAGCGAGCUCUGCGCCGUGAAAGGGAUGUGCCCUUUAGUGAAAAGGGCAUGCGAGCUGUCAUUCUCACAGUUUCCAUUGCUGCUCUAUUACAAGGCUUCGUUCAAUCGUCUUUCAAUGGCGCUGGGUUGUAUAGAGAAGAGUGGGGGCUCCAAGAACACGUCAGGAUGGGCAGUUCUGUGAAUUGGGAAUUCGGAGCCGUCAACGCAGUUCCUUUCUUUGUUGCCGCGGUUAUUGGCUGCCCUCUUGCGCUGCCAAUCAAUUACUGGUUUGGCAGACGUGGAGGCAUUUGCGCUGCCGCCGUGUUGAUAUUCGCGAGCUCCAUAGCGGCAGCUUUUUCAAUAUCUUGGUAUUCUCUGCUAGGGGUAAGAGUGUUUAACGGCAUCGGCAUGGGAAUCAAGGCCGUCAGUACGCCAAUCUUGGCCGGAGAGACUGCUGUCGGAUUCUGGCGAGGAUCUGCCAUCCUUUUGUGGCAGCUAUGGGUCGCAUUUGGCAUCAUGAUUGGCUUCGCAUUCAACCUCCUCUUCACAAAAGCUCAAACGGACCGAACAACACUGGCUCUUAUCAAUGCGGCGCCCAUGGUGCCCAGCCUGGCACUCCUGAUUAUCGCCAUAUUCUUUUGCCCCGAAUCUCCCCAAUAUCAUCUUACAAAAGGCCCCAACUAUGAUGUCAAAAAGGCGUUCAUAAGCAUGACCAAACUGCGAAACACCGAGCUGCAAGCGCUACGGGAUAUGUAUCUUGUGUACAAGUCGCUCGAAAACGAGUCCAUGGGUCUAGGCAAUCUAGACGCCAAUGCGUUUCGAUCGCCGGGAUUCUUCUGGGUCAUUCGAGAUUUCCUCAGACAGUACAGACAGCUUUUCCAGCAGAGGCGUUUAUACAACGCCUUGAUAUCUGCUUCGACGGUGAACUUGGCUCAACAGCUGUGCGGAAUAAACGUUAUGGCUUUCUAUUCUGGAUACCUCUUCACCGACGUCGGUACUGGUCGCGAAUACUCGAAAAUGAUAUCAAUGGUGUAUAGUCUUGGCUUCGGCGCAAUCAACUUCUUGUUUGCACUGCCGGCGGUGAGAAGUAUCGACACGAUGGGCAGACGCAGGUGGCUCCUGAUUACGCUUCCUUUCAUGGCGCUAUUCAUGCUCGGCGCUGGCUUGUCUUUCAUGAUUGAAACUCCAACCAUCAGGAUAGGGGUUGCUGCCUUUUUCUUAUUUAUGUUUUCAGCGGCGUAUUCUCCAGGUUUAGGACCGAUCCCCUUUACUCUCGCAUCAGAAAGCUUUCCUUUGUCCCACAGAGAAGCAGGAACUUCUUGGGCGAUUGCAAUCAACUUGGGCUUUGCCGGCGUCUUGUCAAUUGCCUUUCCAAUCAUUGAUUCGGGCGUCAAAGCAGCUGGCGCAUUGUGCAUCUUCGCAAUCCUCAACGUCUUUGCCUUUGUCUUGGUCUUUUUGCUUGUCGAGGAGACAAAGCGCCGCACCCUCGAGGAGCUGGAUCACAUCUUUGCUGUUUCCAAGAGAAAGUUUAUGCGUUACCAACUACUCGACAAUCUCCCGUGGCUGAUCCGAUGCCGUCUCUUUGGAGGCAAGCAGCCCAAACCGGAGCUCUAUGAGGAUAUGACAUGGGGCUCGGCCUCGGCAGACUAUGACGACUCGACGCCUUUCCAGAAUGCUGAAUUCAUGGGACGCUAUCAGGAACCCGCAGCCCCAGCGGCCGUGGAACUGGUCCAGCAUCGCGGCUUUGAGUUUGCUCCCAUUGAGGCGAGGGCCCAGUCCAGUGAAUAUAAUUUAAAGGCAACAAACAACUUUGGUCCUGUGAGCAACCGAUUCUAG